CUACUUUUAUCGUUUCUGAGUGCUAAUUGCACGUUUGAAAACAGGAAAAGCCCGUUGGUGACUGUAUCAGUGUGAUCAAUCUUCAAGGCAAGCUGGACUGCAAGUAUGUCGUUGGGUUUUACUACAGUCCGAAGCCCCAGCGUGCCAAUCUCAAAGAGCGUUGGCCUGGGUCUAUUGAAGAGAACCUUGAGCGUUUGGAAGAUGCCGGUAUCCCUUAUGAUCGAGAAAUCCCAAAGUGCUCAAACUGUGGAGGUAAUUCAUACUCUCGCAUCUCUAGGAAGGCAGAUAGCUAAAGACUAAAGAAAUGGGUCAUACUGCGCGUGGCUGCAAGGAGGAGCAUGUGAUUCAUGAGCGUGUUGAAGUGAAGUGUGUCAACUGCAGCGCUGUCGGACACCGUGCCCGUGACUGCACUGAGCCUCGCCGCGAUAGAUUCGCUUGCCGUAACUGCGGGUACGACCUUUCUCUGUUCGAAUGCAUGGUUGUGUUGCUGACCGUGUGUAGAUCCUCUGAGCAUAAAGCAGCCGAAUGCCCUAACCCUCGCUCCGCAGAGGGUGUUGAGUGUAAGCGUUGCAAUGAAGUCGGUCAUUUUGCGAAGGAUUGUCCACAGGCCCCUGCCCCGAGAACCUGUCGUAACUGCGGAUCCGAGGAUCACAUUGCACGAGACUGUGAUAAGCCCCGUGACAUUUCAACCGUGACUUGCCGUAACUGUGAUGAGGUUGGCCAUUUCAGCCGCGAUUGUCCGAAGAAGAGGGACUGGUCAAAGGUCAAAUGCAACAAUUGCGGUCAAAUGGGCCACACUGUCAAGCGCUGCCCUAGUGCCGCAGACAAUGAUACCGGUAUGGGCGACAACCCAGGUUUGGAAAAUAAUGGCAAUCAGAACGCGGCCGCAGAUGGCGGGUGGCCUACCGAUAGCAUCGGGAUGGCCGACCAUUCGGAGGCUGUGGCUGCCGAAGAAGGCGGAUGGAAACCAGGUUGGUAGACGUCCAGCGUGCCGGUCAGAGCAUGGCGUGAGUCGGAGUGAUCGUUUGAGACGAUGUCUGAUGUCACCGCACGUGCAUGGAUCGUCCCCGUGUAGUCUGCUCCAGGAUUUCCUCGAGCUUUGUCCAUUCUCGGUCUAAUUCGGUGCGAUUUAUGGAGCAUUGUAGUAACGCUAAAUUCGACCGGCGGGGCCGGGAAGACAAGUCUC